UUCACAAACGAAAAACUAGUGGAAAGAGGAUUACGAUAAACUAAAGAUUUUUCAUAUGAAAGACUACUCUUAAUAUACUAAAUUUAAUUCGAAUAUUUAUAGAAAUUAAAUUAAAACGUAUUAUCAAAUAUUUAAAUUAUUAUAGUGGUAGUAUAAAACUGAUUCGCACGCCCAUAAUAGGGAUCAAACACUUCACUUGCCUUUCUUUUUUUCUUAAAAAGGGAAGAGUCUAAAGAAACAUGAAGAUGGCGGACAGCACGACGAUUCUGCGAAGAAACAGGCCAGGAACAAAAGCGAAGGAUUUCUCUCGCUGGGCGGAUGAACCAUUGGAAGAAAUGGAUAGCACUUUGGCUGUACAACAGUACAUUCAGCAACUGAUCAAACGUGAUCCAUCAAAUGUUGAGUUAAUUUUGACAAUGCCAGAAGCUCAAGAUGAAGGGGUUUGGAAAUACGAACAUCUCAGGCAAUUUUGUAUGGAACUAAAUGGACUGGCUGUUCGUUUGCAAAAACAAUGCUCACCUACAACAUGCACACAAAUGACGGCCACCGAUCAAUGGAUAUUCCUGUGUGCUGCACAUAAAACCCCAAAAGAAUGCCCCGCCAUUGAUUAUACACGACAUACACUGGACGGCGCAGCAUGUCUCUUGAAUAGUAAUAAAUACUUCCCAAGCAGGGUUUCAAUCAAGGAGUCAUCAGUGACCAAAUUAGGUUCUGUGUGUCGUCGUGUUUACCGAAUAUUUUCCCAUGCGUAUUUUCACCACCGGCGAAUAUUUGAUGAAUUUGAGGCUGAAACAUAUUUAUGUCAUCGUUUCACUCAUUUUGUCACAAAGUAUAAUCUCAUGUCCAAGGAGAAUCUGAUUGUUCCAAUUAACGAAGAGGAAACUGCAACACCUGGAGAGAGUGAAGCUUAGGGCUUUUAUAUUCAGAGCUUGGAAAAUCGUAUGUAAAUGCAUGUGCAACAAACAAAUGCAGCAUAUUUAUAUCCAACACAAUACAGUGCGAUCUGAAAACAAAGGCGUAUGAGAAAUGCACAUACAACAGUAACAACAAAACAAUAAUAACUAGAAAAAUCAUAAUUAGAAAGCAAGUCAUUAAAACAUUAUAACCACAAUAAAAUAAUUAUGAAAUUUAUUAAUGAAAAAUAUGUAUUAAAAUAUAAAAAAGACCGGAAAUCAAAGCAAUCUUUUUUGCGAAAUUGUAAUGAAAAUGCAGAAGAAAGAAAAUGCAAAAUAAAGCAAAACAAGGAAGAGCAGUAUAUGUGAGAAAUCCUCAUUGUAGAAUUUUUCUCAAUGUGGCAAAUUACUCAUAUGCUUCUAUAAUCUAUAUAUUGUCUGGAAGCAAAAUAAAACAUUUAAUAAAUUGUCGAUAUAGUACACAUGCGUUCGAUUACUUUAAAUUAUAAAAGAGGAUGAAACCUUCAAAACAAAUGAUUGGUCAACUCGAUUAAAAAAGAGUAUUCUGCUAAUAUCCCUUUGAUAAUGCCGUGGCAAAAAUUUUACAUAAAGCAGAGUAUUGGCAGAAUUUAUUCUAAUAAAAAUAAUAAAUCUAAUUAAUUGCUUUAAAAUUUCUUUAGUAUAAUUUAAUUGAAAAUUGCAAUGUGUGCUAUUGAAAUUUUUUGUUUGCUAUAUAGUAACAAAAAUCGACUAUUUAUAAAAAGUAAAGCAGUAUAUAGAAAUUGGUUCUUUAUUUCAGUGUCAGUACACAUAAAUUCGUAAUAAUUGUAAUGUUUGCAAUUAAAAGCAAGUCCAAAACUGGACCUCCUUCACUCCAUAGAUCCCAAAUAUAUAUAUUCAGAGCACAUA